CUUCCUGAUCAAACGCGCCACUGACCAUUCUCAUAGGAGACAAUGGGGUGACGUCAUCGAUGGCGUCAUUCAUUUUUUUUACAGUCUAUGGCAGGUCCACAUACUUGGAAAAAAAGGGGGGCGGGGGGUUACUCACUUUGGCCAACGAGAUUCUCGCGAAACAUUGCUGUAUCAGCGCCAUUUUGGGAAGGAGACAGGCAAAAGCGGCAAAAAUUAAAAAAUAAGCGAGGAAUUUGCAAACACUUAAACAAGUUAAUGAGAUGGUCAGUGUGAUACGGUUUAGACAUACAUAUCAGCGUCUUAACCUAGUCUUACAAAACAACAAAAAAGCGAAUGACAACUGCUUAAGGGGGCACGAGCGAGUAAGCUGUGGCAGACUCAUUCUGCAAGCUACCUACAAGCUAACGACGCUAGCUAACAUCAGCUUGUGUUGAACCGCAUAAAGGAGUCACUAUCUGCAAUGUAGCUAACUAGCGAAGUUAUAGGAAGAGCUUUGGCAUCAUUGAAAGGUGAACACUGAACAGCCUCACGUUAUAGGAUAUCCAAAUCAUCAAGGAAGAGAGACGUGACUUGCUACUAUUGGCUCAACGUCCGAGUUACACUGAAUGGGAUAAACAGCAUCUGAACAUGUGGACUGGUUUUGUGGAAUUACAGAAGAACUAUUUAAUUUAGCAUUUUAUUUGAGACUUUGAUAUAAUGUAUAUGGACUUACAUCCUGCACUGAUCAGCUUUAGUCUCCUCUUCCAAGUUUUCCAAAUGUUUCUCAAAAAAUGAAUCAUUUUUGAAAGCUGUAGUUACUGUUAGCUAGCUAACUUUAUUUUUGGCAACAUGUGAUCACACUAACAUUUUAUCACCUGAUUUGAACAAAUAUGAGUUAAUGGUAUCUGGGCAGUUAAAACCCCUACAAAAUCACUGAAUCCUUCCUAAGGGGAUCGUAGCAAAUCCACCCCAAAUGUCUCUUUUGUAAAGUCGGGCGAGAACUUCAUUGGAUUUCCUUCAACAUCUCUGAAGGAUUUAAUCAUUCUGGGAACUGGAAUUACGUGGCAAAAAUGGAAAGUUAGUUGCGAAUAUCAACGUCAACAUUUUGUAAUUGACCCUGUCUGCACGAUACAUGUGGGGAGCAGAUUAACUGGAUAACUGACUGUGAGAACAAAAACACUAGGAGAAUUUUGGGAUUACAGCACAGGAGACGCCUCCGCUCAGUCCUCCGUAGCUGGGGCUGGAGAAAUGAUGUGUUGAUGUCUUGCCCACCUCACUGGAGACGCAAACCUAAAUGGCGCAGCAUGACUUCACUCCAGCCUGGCUUAACUUUCCCACAACACCCUCAUCAGCCAAGCCCUCUCAGGUCUAUGACAAAUCUUUCCAGUCUCCUGCCAAAUGUCUGGACAACCACGGGGAUGUGAGUCGCAGACGCCACAACUCAUCAGACGACUCAGAGCCUGUCAACGGACGCACUGGGGGAAUCUUCUCUAGGAAAGAGGGGAACGGAUGGGGGGUCCGGAACGGCAGCGAGGGCUCCAAUUCACGCCCUCCCCUCCAGCGUGGCGGACCCUCUCCUCGCUCCAAGAGCAAAGGCCUGCCUGAGGGCCAGCAAGGCCACAGGGACGAUGGGGACAGACGCAAACAGUUUGAAGUUGAAGACUUUCCAUCACUCCAUCCUGAUGCGGACCGAGAGGUCAACCGUGACAAAGCUGUUGCCACUGGAGUAUGGGAACACCCACCUAACCCUCAAUCCAGGGGCUCGAAAAUGAUGGUGAUCAAGCGCGUCUCCAGGGAGCAGCCCACACCAGCACAGACCUGCACGUCCAAUCCUCAACAACAACAAGCCCCUUCCCGCAAUGGCACUGGCCCCUCCCUCUACAAGGGCCCCAUCCCCAUAUCUGUCAGUCUUCCAGUCAAGGCGAGUCGCUCCAGCUCGUCGUCCCCGGUGGACAAGGGCAGUCAGCCGCGGCUUAUGAUGCGUCUGACACGCAUGACACGCUCAGACCGCAAGAGCACCUUCCUCAAAGCCCUCAAAAAGGACAUGGUGGACGAGGAGGACCUCUAUCACCACUGCAAGCAUGACGAUGGUUUCCAUCCGCAGAACAGCAAUGUGGGCUGCGGGGACGAGAACCGUAACCGUUGUGAGCGAAGUGUCUCACAGGAGAACGGCAACACGACCACACUAACAAUGAGGCAGCAAGUGCUGCGCUCCUCCACCUUCCCCCAGCAGGAGGUGCUAUCCAGCUCUUUGGAGGCAGAGCACAGGUUAUUGAAAGAGAUGGGUUGGCAGGAGGAGAGUGAGAACGACGAGACGUGUGCCCCUCUGACGGAGGAUGAGAUGAGGGAGUUCCAGGCCAUCAGUGAACAGCUGCGGAAGAACGGUCUAAGGAGAAACAGCUUCCUGAAGAACGGCCCUCCCAUCGACUCCCUGGCCGUGUGGAAGACCAGCAACCUCAAAAUGGCCACCGACACCACGGAGGAGACGGAGACCAGCAGCAGCGACACCUCGGACGACGAUGCCUAAAGCAGCCUUCAUCAUAACCCUGUUCACUGCUACCACACCUAACCCUCUCUCACCAGAGGAAAGAGACAUUCCCCCCUGAUGCAGAGCGGGCAAUUCAGACGUCCUCCCAUCAUUUCAUUUCACAGGCCCCCUUCAAGACAUGGACAGAUGUUCCGAAUGGACUUGAGAAAGAACACUGCUUUAUGGCUUUGUAGCAAGGCCCCUAUUUGUUGGGGCCGGGGGGGUGGAGAUUUCAAUGUUGGACUAAAUGUUUGUUCCAUCACUGAAGAGAUUGAUACUAUGUACCGUAUGAUGAAUGUGGGAAAAAAAGGUCCGUUCUGGAGGCUAUUGAAUAAAAUGAUUGCAAUUCA